AUGGAUUACGCACCUUCCACCAUGCGUAUUUCCGCGGAAGACGAACUGAUUAUCAUUCAGCAACAACAAGCCUUCAAUGAUCACAUUGUGAAAAAGGGCUAUGAAGGUUUCUUGGUUCGUUACUUUUACAACAGGCCUCCGGGGAUCACAUCGUGCAAAAAGGCUAUCAAUGGUACUGAAGGAUUUCUCCGGCUCACGGUGAGUUGUAACACGGACUGUGAGGACACCGCUAGUCCACUCCCCACUGCCGGGGCUAGCCCUAAAGUGGGGAAAUUCAGCGCGCUGGAGAUCAACCAGCGGCAACUGCCACCCGAGCCAGAAACUCCGGGUUUUGUACACAAGAAACCCUCCUCUGUGUAG